CAUUCCAAAAAAUCAUGGACGUCGUCGGGAAGGUUAUGGGAUCAUUCAACGCUGAAGCUCUGAAGGAGCCUAGAGGUUUUAUCAAGAUCCUGCAAUGGAUCCUGUCUAUAUUUGCCUUUGCUACAACUACAAGUGUCAACACUCAGCUUAGCUUCUAUGCAAAAUGUCCAGACUUUAUGGAAAUGGUGAGGCAGACUACAUCUGUGUCCUAUCCUUUCAGGAUAGAGGACCAGACCUACCAGAUGCCCCUGUGUAAGAACGGUACCAGUCCUGAUGUGUCAUCUGCUUCCUAUGUUGGUGGCUCUGCCUCUGCAGCUGAAUUCUAUGUCUUCGUCGGUGUCAUCGUCUUCCUCUACUGCAUGGCUGCCCUCAUCCUGUACAUUUUCUUUGAUGAGCAGUACCGCAAAAACAACCUCUUUUCUAUUGGGGACUUUGUAGUAUCUUGUGUAUUGACGGCCCUGUGGUUGAUCUCGUCUGCUGCUUGGGCUCAAGGGUUGGUCAAUCUCAAGUAUGACACCGACCUGAAAGAGAGUGACUUAUACCGUAGGAUUCCGGACUGCGUAGCAUAUACCUGCCAUCAGGAUGUCAUGCCCAACUUUGCCAGCCUCAAUGUUUCAAUUAUAUUUGGAUUUCUGAACAUGGUGGUAUGGGGAGGAAACCUAUGGUUCCUGUACAAGGAGACUCCCUGGUUUAAGGUGCGGUCGAAGCCCCCUACCACUCCCACCCAGAGCCAGGAAACAGACCCUCAAAGGAUUUAAGACUCCGGGGAACAAGAGAAACCAGCUCGCUAACAUUGUAAAGGAUAGAUUGUAGUGACUGUAACACUGUAGUAACGAAGUGAUCAAUGUAUCAAACUCAGAGAAAACAAACUUUGUUAAGCCAGACUUCUCAGCUAAUUCUCGUAAAUGUCACGCUUGUUGUUAAAUAGCAUAUAAAGGAUAUCAGUAAGAUUGAAAUAGGAGGAAUUUGAUUACAUCUCCUAUCUAAUACACCUCCAAACUGAAUGAUGAUGUGAUGUAAAUAAGUCUUUGAAAAUCGCUAAAUGUCAAGGGUCAGAUGAAAUCCCUAAUUAUCACCAGAAGUCGGUUCAUGACAGUAUCCAGAACAAAAUCCUAUUACAUUUUAGUGUAUGGCUGUAUCUCCUUAUUUGUUAGAUCUGAUGUUUCAUAGUGAUUUUAGGUAAUAGAGUUGAUAUAAAUUAGAAUAUUGUGUGUGCAAUCAAAAUAUAACUUCGUUUUAGAUAAAGUCUUGAAUACCAAACAACAUAAGAGAUACACAUUAAAUUUUAACUGAUAAGCACAGUGAUUAUUUGGUGCAUCCACAAUAUUUUCCAUAGAAAAUUGUGUUAUUUUAAUGUAAUUGGCACAAUCAUCAUUUAGCUAAAUUUUUAAAUGUGAAAAUCACACACAAAAAUAAGAUAACUGCUAAUUUAAAAGAAUGUAGGUAUACAGUGAUUUAAUUGUCGGGCACUUCCCAAAACAGUAACAUAGUAAGUUGGCUGGUUGAUGAUGUCCAUUUCUGCUUUCAGUCGCAUGUGUUGGUAAAGAGAUCAAUAGGAGAGAAAAAUAGGAUUUUAAAUUAUUGAUUACAUUUGAUUGGCCUGAAACCUCAUCUGUGCCAUAUAUUAAAUAUCUGCGACUGUGGACUCAGUGUUGUACAGUGACAAAGAUUAGUUUAACUGUCAUUAAGGCGGGAUUUAUCUUGGUAAUGUUUGUCUGUAUUUGUACAAAACUUUUUACCAUAAGUGUGGAUUUGUCUGAAUUACAUUACUGUAAAUGCUAUUUGUUGUGGCAGUUGUUUUUUAUGAAAUCAAUAAUACAAUGAGAAACUUCAGGAUCCAAGUGUGAAAUGAGUGAUUUAAUAUAUUUGUACAUAUGUUCUGUCUUUAUUCUCCUGUUCUCCAUUUACGAUGUCAGAACGUUUGUUACGACACUUUGACAACAGUUGAGAAUUGGACAAAAAUAUCUUUUUUCUUUAGGAAACUAGAACAAUGAACUAUAAUGAAAUCUGAGACAAUUGUUUGAUAUUGUACAGAAAAUUAAAGUCUGGUAUUCUAACUCAGAUCACUAUAACAAUAUUAAUUUUGAAAGCAACAAAUGUAAGUGAUCCUACAAAUGGCUAUGCUCAGGAACAUCUCUGAUAAUGUAAGGCCCAAUAUGUCAAUUAUUGUCACCAGACAGAUCCUCUUCCCCCCAGAUUUAACAUUUCCUUUGUGGCCCCUGCUCUAGCAGUAUGCUAGUUUUACAUACAUUUUCUAAUCACACAUAUAAGAUCAUGAUCAGUAAGCAACAAUUUCUAUUUUGAUAAGAUAGUUCCUUUAAAAUUUGUUGAAAGUGACAUCAGCUUGUAUAAACAUUGACAAUGAAAAAAGUUGUGUUAAAAUGUUUUUGUAAAUAUUUUGAUAAGUUUUCUUACUGUUUAUCUUCAUUUUUUAGUCCACAUUGUUAAAGUUAAAAAAAAUCUUGUUAAUUGUAAGAUUUUAUGAUGGUAUUUAAUUGGUUAGUUUAGAGUUGUUUUGAUUAAUUGCCUUGUUACGUUAUUGAGAUCAUGCUCAUUUAUGGUUAUUUAUACCUAGAAGAAUAUUCCCAGUUUGUUUUGUGGUCAUCCAGUCAUAUGAUUGUUGAAGUUAUCUCCCUUGAUCUUAUAGAGGGUAUUUUUUUUUAAAUGAUUCAAAAUGAUCCAAGUGCUAAUACGUAUUUUUGUGUAGCUUUUAUAAGUGUGAUCAUUUAAUAAAAUUCAACUAAGUCCAAAUUAUCAGUCAUUUAAGACAUUUUACUGAGUGAAACUUUUAUGGAAGACUACAUAUUAAGUAAGGAAGUAUAGAUCUCAUGAUCAUCACAGUAAGGUCAUCAUGUCACAAUCAGGGCAGAUUAAAGUUUAAGAUUAAAGAUCAAAUUUUAAAAGAAAUUAAAAAAGCAAAUUUCUUCUCAAAAGAAGCAAAUUUCAAGUGUAAGAUUGUGAUCUUAUCAAAUACCAUCUAAACAUUAUAUUUGUGUACAAGAUCCACCAUACUUACUGAUAUAGAUCCAAGUGGGAGAGACUCGUCACCAAAUUAUGGCUCACCAUGUUAACAAUCCUACCUUGAAUGUAGUGUGUUGCUCUGUGUAUGAUUACUUGGAACCUCUGUAGGGGUACUGAAUGGUGUGUACAUGGUUUGUGUAUGCUAGUGUACAUAAUCUGUUCUUGUGAAGGUGUACAUUUUGUUAAUAGCAGGAAUUAUCCAUGUAUUUAUAUAUUAACCACUUAAGGUGCCUCACUGUGUAAUAAUUAGGUGUCGACUAUUGGUAUAUUUUAUUUCUAUAGUUAAAAUAAUCUACACCAGGAUGUUUCUUGGUGUUGAGUAAUGCCAUGUUGUAUUUAUGUUCUGUAUAUUUUUUAUAUACCAACUGUUUCUUGGCGUCGGUAAUGGUUCUUAAGGUAUUAGUUAGUACUUAGUACUAUAAAGAUUACAUUGCAUUUCGGUUCUGUUUAUUUCUGAUUUUUUUUCUUGGUGUCAUUUCUUUCUUAUUGCCGUUGUCUCUUUCUUAUUGUCAUCAAAUGGUUUAUUGUUAUUUCUGUUCCGUUAUAUUUUCUAUCUCUGACUGUUUCUUGGCAAAGCAUUUAUUAUUUUUGUCCUGUAUAUUUUUGACAUUCUUUACAAGCCUUUGGGUUUCCACAUGUAACUGUAGAUUGGUUAGAGUGAUCUUAUAACAGGGAAUAUAUUUAUGUGUGAUUGGAGAUUAUGAGAAAUGCUUUUUGAAAAGCAGACCAUUGUUAUGGGAUAGCAAUGGAUAAGCUGAGUACAGAUUCAAAAUUCUACAUUUCCAUUGUCAACAAAAAAUGUCCUUUGAUGAAUAUAAAAAACAGCAUUACAACUAAAGUCAAAAAUCAAGGCAUUCCAAAUUCAUACCCGUGUAUUAACAAUAAGAUCUGUAUAAUUACAUGUAUUAAGUGUUUUACCAUGGAUGGAUUUUAACCAUGGAGACAGUUUGCUUUAAUGAAAUAUGAAAUUUCUGGUUUUGUCUAAAAUUUGGUUUCUAUGAUUAUAAAACAUUUAAAUUGCUGAAAGUAAAAGAUAUUGAAGUGAUUGCCUAAUGGUGGUAUGGUAAUUACAAAUUAGAAAAUUGUAAUGUCUGUUAAUUAUUGUGUCAAGUCUCUACUUAUUGGUAGAAGUCUUUUUCUUCAACAAAAUUUGAUAUGCAGUGACCAAUUUUAUGUAAGGAAAACAAGCAUUCCAUUAAUCUAGUAAUCAUUUAGAGUAGAAAAAGUUUAAUAUUUUUUUCGAUGGGUGAAAUGUUAGUACAUGAAUUGAGAUUGUAGUAGAUGCAGAUAGUGAAAAAUGACUUAGUAAUGUAAUUUACUGUGUGGUGAAUACAUUUAAUAAUGUAGUUUAUGAAGUUAUAAAUAUAUUAAUCAGUUUACUGAAUGAUGAAAACAUGCACUAGCGUAAGUAAUUUUACUGAGUGUAACAUACACAGUUUACAUUAAAACAAAACAUCUUCUGACUGGUGACUACUUUUAGUAGUUUACGGAGUGAUGAAUGCAUAUGUGUAAUUUAUAAAAGUGACAUUUACUUUAAUUUUUUAUUUCGUGAUGAAAACCAGUACUGUGAACCACCGAUGGUAAAGUUGCUUCACAGACAUGUAUGUUACCAGGGUUGUAGGAAAAUUAAUCAAAAGCAGCUAUAGUUUUGAUAGAAUGAAUCGUAAACACAUGCUCAAGGUGAAGGUACAUGUAUUCUAAAGCAAGGAUGAUAUUAAUUAAUUUAAACAUUGAGCUCAUUUUCAAGGAAAUAUUCCCACGUUUUUUAACACGAUUACUAAAUAUUAAGUAGAUUAUGUGUUAAAUGCAUACCACUAUAUUGAUCAUGGACUGCUUUUUAAAGACCAGAUAAACUGGUGUCUGUUUACUCGUAAUGGCAUGUGUGAUCAAAAUAUUCAGUGAUUUUUCUUGCAGAGAUCUGAUGGUAAAAUCCCCUAAGAUCUGAAUAUGAUGGCUUUGAAGUUUAUUUCUGUUGUUAAUAUGACAAGUGCCAGGUUUUAUGAUUCUUUUUUUCCAAUGUGUAUUCAAGCCCCAAAUUUAUUAAAAUUGUCAUUUAAAACCAAAUGAAUGUUUUUAUGUCAUUGUAUUGUUCCUCAGAAAAUGCCUUUGUUAUGAAAACUAUUAAUGCAUUCCUGUAAGCUUUAAUUUGUCUUGAUGUGUCCAGAUUUAUAAAAUUAGAUAUUAGGUUUAACUCAUUAGAACCAGGUCUGGAUGUUUAUCAUGUAACCCUCAUAACUUGUGAUGUGCUGUAGGAGAAAUCACUUCAUAUUUGUGCGGUAUGUAUCUGUUAUGUAUUGUCAGUGUCAGUACUCCCAGUUAUGUUGAGGCGUUAAAAAACUCAGCCACAUCUUAUGUACCCUGCUAACUCGGCUAACUGGUCAGAUUCAGCUUGUUAGUUUAAUAACCUGGUUAGAUUUGGCUCUGUUACACUUUAAGACCAGCUCCAGCUUGGUUUGGUUUUGUAACCAGCCAGGCAAGUUGGUGGUCUUGUGUGUGGCUAGACACCGUUAUCUAAUGGUGUUGGUACCAUGUUACAUAUAUCGUAACUCAAGGCGAAUCGCCAGAAUUAUGUAUCUCAGCUGACCCCAGUUUACAUCAAUAUUACUUAACUUAUAAGAAAUUCCUUAACUUUAAAUUUCCCAAAGGAGAUUAAGGAAAGUUUCUCAAAUAUUAGGAAUAAGAUUCCUCAAUUUGGUAUGAAUGAUAUAUUACAGGUUUGCUUUGUAUACAAACAAACUUGUUAAAUAGAAAGUUUCUCUACUGCAAUUUAAUGAGUAUUGUAUGUAGUAACAAACUGCAAUCUAAUGAAGCUUUCCUAUUGAAAAUUAAUGUAUUUCCUUCAGUUAAGGAACUUUGAUGAUUGAACCAGACCCAGAUUGGCAAGUUGCGUCUAUCAGCUGAUUGGUCGGGUAAAGCAUGGUAUGCUACUCAGCUAACUGGUGAGAUCACGCUUUGCAGACCUAUUUUAAGCAGGGAUUGUCAUUAUUGGUUGUGUAGGAUUGAAGUGAUAACAGCAUCUGUUCACUGGUGGAUGUCAUAUAUGCCUUCUGUAAUAAAGUUUUGUAUUAAUUAAA